CCUGACUCACGAGGAAUCAUUCCCAGUGAUCGACACGUACCACUGGCGAAGAGCGUAAAGUUUCUUGGCAUCACUCUGGAGUUUCGUUGCCUUCCUUCCGUUCUUCGUCUUGCUCUUGGUCCUUGGCAUCAUCAAAGCUGCUACAAUCGGCCCUGUUGUGACUUCUAUAGUUUUAGUUGGGAAUUCGGCUGUAGUCAUCGGCAUGUGGCCAGCACAUUUCAUCUGGACUUAUUAUUGCGUGCUGAAGUAAAAGCCUCUUACGUUUUCUUUACAUCCUUGAUUUUGAAUUAGUAGGGACGUGGGAGAUGGAGACGGACUGCAAAGCUUGGGCUUGUUCUAAAAAUGUUCUCAUUGGUUGCGUUGCCAUUUCCAUUACUCUUGUCGCCAGCAUUAAGCGUUCUGGGGAGCCUUCUAGUUGGAAUAGGCUAUGGAUUCUUUGCUCCUCUAAUUGCAACAUUUGAGGCUGCUGGAGAACAAGUGGUUGACAAGCUUUAUCAUUGCUUUGCUGAUGGAUGUGUAGACACUGUCAAGGGAGCUUGUACGUUGGUGGUGGACUUCACAGAUUUUUGCUUCCACUCCUACUUCUCAUAUAUGGAUGACCUCAUUGAAAACCUUGGAGCUGGGGAGAAUCCAAUGGAUAUCAAGUUGACAAAGCUACCAAGUUGUUUGCUGGUUUCUCUUAUUGGUACCCUAGUUGAUGUGCCUAUGAUCAGUAUCGUUGCACUGUGCAAGAGUCCCUACAUGCUAAUAAAGGGCUGGCAACGCCUAUUUCACGACUUAAUUGGAAGGGAAGGACCUUUUCUGGAGACAGUUUGUGUACCCUUUGCUGGUUUAGCUAUUCUAUUAUGGCCACUCGCCGUCAUCGGGGCAGUAAUCACUGCAUUUCUGUGCAGCUUCCUUCUAGGAUUUUAUGGGGGCAUUGUUGUUCAUCAGGAGGACUCUUUUCGCAUGGGAAUUGCUUAUAUUGUGUCUGUGAUCUCAAUAUUUGAUGAGUACAGCAAUGAUCUACUUUAUCUAAGAGAAGGAUCAUGCUUUCCAAGGCCCAAGUAUCGAAAAUCAAAUGCUGAUCGAGAGCUUCUUGAGAACAAAGAAGAGGUUGAGAAGAAGAAGGCCCAAAAUGGGAAAGUUCUAUCAAGCUCGAAUACAACAAAGUUAGCUACUCAAAGAUCAACUUUGAAGGAAACAAUACAGCAACUGAAACCUAUUCAAAUAUGGGAUUGGCUCUUCAUGUCUUGUGAGAUCAAUGGAAGGAUACUAUUCGGAGAGGGUCUGAUCACAGUAGAAGAUAUAGAAGAAUGCAUUGUCAAAGGGAAAUGCAAGAAGUUAAGCAUAAGAUUACCUUCAUGGUGUAUUCUCCAGUGCCUGCUACAAUCCGUGAAAUCCGACACAUAUGGCCUUCGGAUAUCUGAUGAAGUGGAGCUUACUAAUUUUAACUGGCCAAGGGACAAGGUGUUUGAUUGGAUUCUAGGGCCACUCCUGAUCAUCAAGGAACAAGUAAGAAAACUUCAAUUGAAAGAGAACGAAGAAGCUUGCUUAAGGAAGUUGAUACUGAUAGGAAAAAAUGAGAAGCCGGAGGACUGGGAUGAAGUUGGUUUUCCAUCAGAUGACCAUGUAAGAAGAGCUCAAUUGCAGGCGAUAUUGAGAAGGAUUCAAGGGAUCGUUGCAAACAUGUCCAGGAUUCCAAGUUUUCGUCGCAGGUUCAAUAGUCUAAUCAAAUCCUUGUAUCUGGAGGCAAUACAGACUGGUGCUUUUGGCAGCCAGAUAGGAGAAAGCAGCAGCAGCAGCAGCAGCAGCAGCAGCAGCAGCUGGAAAAAGAGAAACAAACACAUGAUGAAAUCAAACAGCCUCGAUGUUUAACAGUGCACCAGAUGAUUUUGUUUGGAAAUUCGAUCACUCAAGUGGAAUGUAUUAAUGCUUUGUCUCCAAGUUUAAUCACAGACGAGAUUCUGACCGUAGAGUAAGAUUGACGAUGAUGACGUAUACUAUAUAGAUUAUAGACACGUGGUGGACCCAUUCAAACCGUCCGGUGGCAGAAUAAUAUUGGUCUUCGAUUCCCCCCACCCUAUUGUGAAGCCUACUCACCUCGCGACCCUUCCCCAGUCUCCUUGGCGGCAGCGACGGUCCCCUCGCCACCGUCGCCUUAUCCGGAGAAGGCAAUUGCUCCGGCGUUCCCAAGGAGAGUGGAAGAUCGGAAAG